UUGUAAUAUAUGGCCAUCUUACCUCGUGACUAUCCUAUUGAUUACUUAUUCUAUCCGCAAUCAGAAGUUGGUGUGUCCGUUAAACAUUUGAGAGAAGGAACUUCUGAAACUUAUGGGAAUCAGUAAUACGUUCAGCCAGUUUUCUAUUUUUAGAUUUUCUAAAAAAAGUUUAGUUUUUAUGUUGUAGUUUUAGUUAAUUUGUCAUAGGGAUCACUGCAAUUUUGUUAAAGACAAAUAUGGGAUCACUUUUUCGAAGCGAAGAGAUGACCUUGUGUCAACUCUUUUUGCAAAGUGAAGCUGCUUACGCCUGUGUUUCUGAACUUGGGGAACUUGGUCUUGUGCAAUUUCGAGACCUUAAUCCUGAUGUUAAUGCAUUUCAACGAAAAUUUGUCAAUGAAGUACGCCGUUGUGAUGAAAUGGAACGGAAGUUGCGGUACCUGGAGAAAGAAAUUAAAAAAGAUGGCAUUCCUAUGCUUGAUACUGGGGAAAAUCCAGAAGCUCCUCAGCCUAGGGAAAUGAUAGAUCUUGAAGCAACAUUUGAAAAGCUGGAAAACGAGUUACGGGAGGUCAAUCAAAAUGCAGAAGCUCUCAAACGUAAUUUUUUGGAAUUGACAGAGUUAAAACAUAUACUUAGAAAAACUCAAGUGUUUUUCGAUGAGGCUGAGAAUGGAGGUGUCGUGUCGCAGAUGGCAGACCCCAGCCGUGAGGAAGAACAAGUCACUCUCUUGGGUGAAGAGGGCCUCCGCGCUGGCGGCCAGGCUCUCAAGCUCGGUUUCGUGGCAGGAGUUAUCCUAAGAGAACGUAUUCCAGCAUUUGAACGCAUGCUCUGGCGUGCUUGUCGUGGAAAUGUAUUUCUGCGUCAAGCUGAAAUUGAAACUCCUUUGGAAGAUCCGUCAACGGGAGAUCAAGUUUUCAAAUCUGUAUUCAUCAUAUUCUUCCAAGGAGACCAAUUAAAAACUCGAGUAAAAAAGAUAUGCGAAGGAUUCAGAGCUACUCUUUAUCCUUGCCCCGAAGCACCUGCUGAUCGCCGUGAAAUGUCAAUGGGUGUUAUGACUCGAAUCGAAGAUUUAAAUACAGUCCUUGGACAAACUCAAGAUCAUCGUCAUCGCGUUUUAGUAGCUGCUGCAAAAAAUAUUAAGAAUUGGUUCGUGAAAGUCCGUAAAAUCAAAGCAAUUUAUCAUACGUUGAAUUUGUUCAAUUUAGAUGUUACACAAAAGUGUUUAAUUGCUGAAUGUUGGGUACCAGUGCUGGACAUUGAAACAAUUCAGCUGGCCUUGAGACGUGGAACUGAACGUAGUGGAAGUUCGGUACCACCAAUUCUGAAUCGUAUGGCAACUUUUGAGGAUCCACCUACUUAUAAUCGGACAAAUAAAUUUACUAAAGGGUUUCAAGUUUUGAUAGAUGCAUAUGGAGUCGCUUCUUACAGAGAAAUGAAUCCCGCACCUUAUACCAUAAUAACAUUUCCAUUUUUAUUUGCUGUGAUGUUUGGAGAUAGUGGACAUGGACUUAUUCUGUUUCUUUUUGGUGGAUGGAUGGUGUUAAAGGAGAAACCGUUGGCUGCGAAAAAAUCUGAUAAUGAAAUUUGGAAUAUAUUCUUUGGUGGUCGAUACAUUAUAUUUUUGAUGGGUUUAUUCUCAAUGUACACUGGGUUUAUAUACAAUGACAUGUUUUCUAAGUCGCUAAAUAUAUUUGGUUCCUACUGGGGGAUCAAUUAUAAUUACGACACGAUACAUGCAAAUAAGGGAUUACAACUAAAUCCCAGUGAGAAAGAUGCAUAUUUGCAGACUCCAUAUCCUAUAGGAAUGGAUCCUGUCUGGCAGUUGGCAGAAAAUAAGAUCAUCUUUUUGAACUCAUAUAAAAUGAAAAUAUCUAUAAUUUUUGGAGUCAUGCAUAUGAUGUUUGGUGUAAUUGUUGGUUUAUGGAAUCAUACAUAUUUUAAAAGGAAGCUGAGCAUAACUUGUGAAUUUAUUCCACAACUUAUAUUUUUAAUGUUUCUCUUCUUGUACAUGGUUCUCCUUAUGUUCAUUAAGUGGAUAAAGUACGGCCCUAACAGUGAUAAUGAUGAUCCAGAACAUGGUCCGUUUUGUGCACCAUCAGUAUUAAUUACUUUCAUUAACAUGGUAUUAAACAAAGGCGGUACUGCACCAGACAAAAAAUGCAGUCCCUGGAUGUAUGCUGGACAAGAGGGAUUCCAAAAAUUCCUCCUCUUUAUAGCUAUUCUUUGCAUUCCAUGGAUGUUGUGUGCCAAACCUUUCAUGAUGAUAUAUAACAGAAAGAAGCAACAUCGUCAGUUAAAUAACCAGUGCACAGAAGACAGAGACAUAGAAGGUGCUGUUGACUCAAUCCAACCAUCAAAUGGAAUUGCCCCAGGAACUCACAAAGAAGAAGAAGAAGAUAUGAAUGAAGUAUUUAUUCAUCAAGGCAUCCAUACUAUUGAAUAUGUUCUUGGCAGCGUGUCUCAUACUGCGUCAUACCUACGUCUAUGGGCUUUAUCUCUUGCUCAUGCUCAAUUGUCGGAAGUAUUAUGGAACAUGGUUAUGAGAAAUGGAUUGACCCAAGAAGGUUGGGCAGGUGGAAUUGUUUUGUGGGCCAUAUUUGCAUUUUGGGCUGUUCUAACUGUUGGUAUUUUAGUACUUAUGGAAGGAUUGUCAGCCUUCUUACAUACGUUACGACUUCAUUGGGUCGAAUUCCAAAGCAAAUUUUAUGCUGGUCUGGGAUAUAGUUUUCAACCGUUUUCGUUUGAAAUCAUUUUGGAUACGGCACAGUCCACAACAGAGGAUUAAAGUCAACUUAUUUAAAAAAUGAAAUGUCACGCGCAGAAUAUAUUAUUAGCGAAUACGUCUUUUCAUGAUAUAAUAUUAUAUUUAAUAAUUAGAACACUAACGUUGUUUUCAAAUAAAUUAGAUAAUUUAUUUUUUCGAGCAUGAAAUCAAUCUUUCAUAUCCGUUACGAAAAUAAUUUGAUCUUUGAUCAUUAUUUUGCAUUCAAGAGGGACUUUUAAAAAUUACAAUCAGGUAUUAAAAUUUAUUCGGUACAGUACUUGUAACAAAUAUUUUAAUUAUAUUUACCUAAUUCACAAUUAACUAUAAUCUUAAACGUUAUGAUUAAUAAAUUAUCGUUACAUGGUGCCUAUAGAAUUUAUUAAAACACACAAGAUAUAAAUUGUGAUUAGAUCUGAAAUAUGUAGUAAAAGUGAAUAAAUAUUAUAUAUAUGUUCUGUAUUUAGCUGCAAUUAUGAUUAUAUGAUUACAUGUAUCUUACAAAUUGUAAUCCUAUAUAACAUAAUAUAAAUGAUAAAUGAAAAGAUGAAGAUGAAAAGCAUAAUGUGUUAAAUAGUAAAA